GGUCUCCACACACAAAAUCCAACCCAUCGAUCAAUUUCUACAACAAACGUUAAUGGGAUCAGGCCUCUCUCGCACUCACCGGAGGAGCAGCGUCUCGCCUCAGCAGCAGCAGCACUCGGCGCGGGUCAUCGCCGCCGACAGCUCGCUGCGAGAGUUCCCCGCCUCCUCCUCCUCCUCCUCCUCCUCCUCCCCCGUCAGCGUCUCCGACGUCCUCGGCGGCAAUGCCGCAGCCGGCCUGUUCUUCCUGUGCAGCUCCGACGCGCUCUACUUCGACGCGGAGGUGCCGGCGCUCGAGGGCGGCGAGCUGCUCCGGCCGGGCCAGAUCUACUUCGUGCUCCCCAAGGCGAUGCUGGGCCGGCCCAUGUCGAGCGCAGACAUGGCCGCCAUGGCCGUGCGAGCCAGCGAGGCGCUCGCGGCCAGAGCGCGCGCACGGCGUGGGCGCGGCGCCAGGAAGGCCGUGCGCGUCACGCCGGUGCUGCUCGGGGGCGAGGAGGGCCGGGUCAACGAGAAGCUGAACGAGCGAACGCUCGGGGAGUCUGUGAGAGCCGUCACAGCCGUGGAUGGUCCGCCGGGGCAGGCUGCACGGUCGCCGGUGAAGAGAGCGCUUAGCUCCAUCGCAGAGGAUUGAGGACGAGUGGCAAAAUGGCAUAAGAAACAUUCGUGUGUUUUCUUUGUGUCCUUUUUAUUGGCCAUUUUUUUGAAGUGGUGUUGAAGAGAUUAGAAGGUGCGGAAGAGAUGAAAAAAGAUUAGUACGGUAGAUAAACGUGCGUGUUGUUCUGUUGGUUGAUCUGCCUUCGUACAGUUGUAUAUUUCGGCCCGGUUGGAAAUGAAAUGUAGUUAGUACUUAAAUGAUUUGUUUAUGGCUGUCCUCUUACUUUGUGUUCGUCUAACGGUCAAAGAAAGCAUGGUUUGGUUCAUGUCA